ACAUGAAAUAUUCACGUGACACAACCACAACAAGGAACCCAUCGCUGUAGGUCCUCUGGGUUGUCUCGGAUGGGGGGCUUUGUGAUCAUUUUAAAGUUUAAGUUUACUCUCUGUUAUUACUUUUAUUGAGUUGUCGAUGGUGACAGUUUCCACGUCGCACAGGUUGCAAAUUUUGAGCCAUAAUGGCGGCGAACUGGGCCGAGAGGAUCUCCGUUUUCUCCAGCAGCCCGUCUCGCUUCCUCUCCGGCACAACAGCUGACGCUUUCCUUGCAGAGCUGCUCCGUGAGCUCCGAGAUGACAGAGCCAGUUACAGUGUCAAAGUCCUCCUGUUGUCCCCCAUAUGCGAGUACCCGACUCUGCUGUGUCCAUCAGACUCAGUCGGAGAGGAGACCGCCCUGGAGCUUAUGUCAGUGUUCGCUCAGUGUCCUUCCAAAUAUGUCCAGUUUCGUUGCCAACUCCUCCUGGCCCUUACCUCUGCGCUCAUCUGUACGUCCUGCGUGAGCAAUCAAUCCCGUGCGUCUCAAGAUUUCCUGGACCUGCUGCUCCAGGUAGCCCAGGACACCAGUGACCUUCAAGGCGAUGGAGCUCUUCGGUCUUUACGGGCCGCCGCCUGCGACUGCCUGCGGGAGCUGGAGGCCUGCUCUCCAGGCCUUCUCUCCCAGCACUUGGAGCUCUUGGGCGGGCUACGUCAGCGGGAGGGCUCCAGACUCCACCAGGCCUAUGCUGGACUUCACACCCUGGUGCUCAGAAAUUCUGUGUAUCAGCUCACCCAGGAGGCUGGAGCCGGUGCUGAACAUCUCAAGGCUCUUCUGGGAGGAAACACGACCGUUGCAUGGGAAGCAGAGCAGGACUCGGGCCGGACGAAAAACAAAGACUCCGCCCUCUUGGCCUCGGUCAUCCUGGGGCCCAUGGGUACAGUUCCUACCCUCCAGACCGGCUCGGAUAGUAAGGAGUUGCGUUCGGUGCUGUCCUCUCUCCUGGAGGAGUCAUACCUCCUCACUCCUAUGUGCCAGGCGUCACUGCUUUACAGACUGACGGAGGUGGUUGCCAUGGUCCCUGGUGUUCCUCCAUCUGUAUUCAGAGCUCAGCUGCUGCGACUGCUGGGCACGAGCGAGGUUUGCCUCCUUCACGCCACUCUGCUGAUGAAGUGCGCGUUCACAGACAGCCUUUUCAGCGCCGAAGACGAAGCGUUCAUCCUCAAGCGGCUGGUGGUUCUCUCGCAGCACCCGCUGCUGAGCACGCCCGAGAAGCUCCUCUACAUGGACUGUAUCCUGCACUUCCCUGAGAACCGGCCCAUCGGCUGCGGCGACGGCGACGAGACCCUGCCGGUGCUGCUGACCCCCCGGCUCGCCUCGGCCCUGCUGCCCACCGUGUUUAACGACAGCGCCACCAUGCUGGCUCGCCUUAACCUGCUGUCUCUGGUCUACCUGGAGGAGGGCGAGGAGGGCGAGGAGAGUUUAGGGUUGGCCUACCUUUACGAACAUCUGAACUCGCUGCUGCACAUCGUGGAACACGGGGGCGGCCGAGAGAUGGUCGUCACCUUCUUCAGAGCCACCUUCCUCUUCCUUUUCUACUUCAGUCACUUGGAGCGCUUUGCCAACAGGCUGCUGGAGAAGUUGUGCACACUCUACUUUAGCCACACCCACCUCGCUCCACAGCUCAUCAACCUGGCCGACCAGACCCAGGAGAAGCUCCCCGAGUCCAACUGGGCGCUGAGGCUCCUGAGCGCUCUCCGGGGAGUCAUCACCGAGGCCCCGCUCGCCCAGCUCAACUCGCAGGACCUCAGCCAACACCUCAAAAUGCUUGCCCGCGUGGCCGAAGAAGGAGAAAUCCCGCAGCAGAGCACCCUCAGCUUCCUCUCCCGCAUCCUCGCCCAAUCGCCUGCGUCGCUUUUCAUGAGCGGCGACUGGCGUCUGGGGAACAGCCUGCUGGGGAUUUGUCGCCGCCUCCUCGACCACCCCAGCCUGGACUCGCUGCUCAUCCCUCAGGCAGACGUCCUCCAGCAUCUGGCCUGCAGCUACGGGGACACAGACAUCCAGGACCACGCGCGCCUCUACUACGCCCUCCUGACCACGCUGUCCCGAGAAAAGCUGGUCAGCGUGUUGGCACAGGGUUUGACUGAGGGGGGGCGGCAGGUCAAGAAGAGAACACUGUCGUCCAUUAUGGCUGAUAGCGAGGGGCUGACGAGCACGCUAAGCAUCCACCAGACAGAGAAGGCUAUAAUUAAGCUGGUGGAGGCCCAAUCUGAGCAACAAGAGGCAAUCCAAUCGGAUAUGGACAGCGACCAGAAUCAGACAGAGAACUGUCCCAACACACUGACGGCCUACAGAGCUCAGUUUGAUGAGUCCAGCGUUGCCUCUGAUGUCACCUUAAACUACCUGCUGAUGUGGGGAACAGACAACUCCCGCUUUGAUCAGCUCUUCAGCAUCCGCCUCCACUUCACCCUCACCGAUAACCGCUAUGAAGAGCUGAGUGAUAUCAGUGUCCCCUGUUUGUUCAGAGAGAGACCGGCGCCCGUUGUGAAGCUGAGACUGAAGCCGAAGCGUCCGUACCCCACCGUCCUCCGGGUCAGCGCCAUCUUUACCACCCAGGACGGGCUCUCCUGGCUCACCGUCCUGCCCGAUAUCCACGUGGCUUUCCAACAGACCUUCUUGCCUCCACCCGUUCCCCUGGCCUGGGGACGUGGCAACAAACUGAGCUUGUUUGAAAGUUUAUGGGAUGAAAUAAACUCUGAGAGUGGAGAGGAGGACCUACAAGACUGUGCCACCAGCCUGUUCUGCUGCCAGCUGGAGGAGGACGCUCUGGUUGCUUUGGUGAAGGAACAUUUCCUUCCCUUCCUUAUAUCAAAGUUUGAAGAAGAAGAAGAGACCAAAGUGCUUUUCUUCCUCCCUCCUCAGUCUCACGUGCUGCUCAAAGUCAAGUCUGAGGAAGACGCUGUGCACUUCAAGAUCGCAACGGACGACUGGCAGCUUCUGCCUCACAUAAGUUCUUAUCUGCUGACGAUCACAACCUCACAAAAGAAUCUCAGAGUCGACUGUGAAGCAUGACACUGGCUGGUUUUUAAUUAGCAGCUUACUUUUAACAAAGUCAUUUAACUCCAAUUGGGCUUAAAGCUUAACUGCCAAACACACAUGAUUGAAAAUAACAUUUUUGCACUUUAAUUUGUUGCCAAUGUAAUAAUAAAACCAAUGCUUAAAAGCUGA